GUGUUAUGUUUGUAGUGUCUAUUGUGUGUUUACAUUAUGGACGUUUGAAUAGUAGGAUAAGGAGGCUGGAUUGUUAGUUUGCUGGAUCGAAAGAUGUAUUCCGUGAGAUUAGUUAGUGCCGACAGUUACCAAGCUGCACCGAUUCCCGAUGUCGAUCCGACCUUCUCGCAAUUUCGAGGUAGCGAUAUCAAGCAAGUACCUGUGGUGCGAAUUUUCGGAAUCACUCAUGCCGGUGAGAAGGUAUGUUUGCACGUACAUGGUGUCUUUCCUUAUAUGUAUGUGCCUUAUUCCGGGCACGUUAAUGCGGAUAUGUUGGUUUACCGGCUCGCUGCAUCAUUGGAUGCCAAUAUUAAUGUUUCCUUGGGUUCGUCGAAUUCCAAAAGACAACACGUUUACAAAAUUCAACAAGUUUCCGGCAUACCGUUUUACGGGUACCAUAAAAAAGCUCAUCAUUUCUUGAAGAUAUACUUUUAUAAUCCUGCCAUGAUGAAGAGAGCUAUUGAUUUAUUGCAGAACGGACGUGUUCUUGGACAAAUCUUUCAACCUCACGAGGCUCACAUAUCAUUUAUAUUACAAUUUAUGAUAGACUAUAAUAUAUAUGGCAUGAGUAUGAUCGAUUUGAGAUACGUUAAGCACCGUCAUUCAGCCAUAACGGAUCAAAAUUUAAGUAAACUGUCGGACAACUUAGACGAAACACUUGACUUUGAUGUAGAAAAGAAGGAAUACAUGCCACACUCCAUUGCCAAGCAAAGCGUCUGUAAAUUAGAAAUGGAUGCCUGGGCUUCCGAUAUUCUUAAUCGCGAUGUUAUAGACAAAGGCAUAGAUUUGAAUCCAGGUAUCGCUGCAAUUUGGGAGGAAGAGAAAGCUAGAAGAGUUCAGUUUGAUUUAGGAGGAGAUUCGCAAUUAACGUACCCAAAAAGUCCAGAAAGAUCUCAAGUAUCUUCUCUCUUGAAGAAUAACGACAGGUAUCAUGAAAAACGAUUAGCUCAGCGCUUAUCCGCAAUCGAUUCGCAGAUGGACGAUGCGUCAUCGUCACCUGGUUCAGAAAACUCAUCUUAUCCUAUUCCUGUAUCGAACGAUAGUAAGUUAUUAAAUGCAUCUCAAUUGGAGGUUCACGCUGGUCCACUCGAAUCGACUAGACAUAAUACCUUACAAAGUCUAUUACAUCGUAAUACAAAGAGUGAAUCGACUGUACGUCCGUCUCAAUCCAGCUCUUGUGACAAUAAUAUAUCAUUAAGUAGCAGUGAUCUCGAUAUCGUGGACAUUCUAGUCAAUUUAGCCGAAGAGCAACAAAAUAUUUCAAGUUCAAUUGAUUCUAAUAGCAUUCUCGGAUCUCAGAAUUCACAAGCUGACCAAAAUUUUCCUAUAAUGAAUGAUAAAGAGAUGAAUGACGAAGAGGAGGAAGACGUAGAGGAUUUAAAUAUUACUUUAUUGGAACUAAGUUCGUUAAAUUUUAGCCAAUGGGAAAGUAAGAGAACAACAUCGCAAGAGCAACAAGGCAGUGAGAAUGAUGGUUCCCAAAUAGAACUUGUUUUGGAAUCUUUAAAAGAGACAACAAUAUCAAACUUAUUCGAUAAUAUUCCCCAAUUCGAUGGGCCAAUAGACGAUGAUGAUAUAAGAAGCCAAUUGAGGGAUAAUAGCGUGAACGAAACGAUAGAAAGACAAGAAUUUUUAACCUGUGAAUAUAAAUCAGGAAAAAGGCCAAAAUGCGCUACUUCGGUCACACCAAGUAAAACAAAGGAGACUUCAGGCAGUAGCGAGAAACGUACUCGUAAAAGUACGAAAAAGAAUAAAUUUGAAGACAGUCUGCCAAAAACACCUCACAGAUCACCUUCCAAACGCUUAAAAAAAAUUACAAGUCCCAGUUGCCCAUCCCGAAAUUAUUCUCCAUUAAAAAUAGAGAUUAGAAAUGCUCAAAAAACUGAAGCAAUUUCAUCCUGCGCAACGCCUUCUACAUCUUACGUCGGACAAAAAGUGAGAAAAAAUUUACAACCAAAAAGAAUACUAAGUGCUCUCCAAGAAUUUCAUCCAGAAGGAGAGGACGUCCGUCCAGCGUCGGCCUCAAUCAAAAAGCCAUCGGGCAAAACAUUAGCCACGCAAAUUUCAGAGAAAUCAUUUGCUCGGGAGACCGAGGAUGACAACGAUAAGACGCUCGUUGAAGAUUCGGAUGAUUCGCUUGAAACAGUCGUGUCAAUGCCCAAUAAUCCUGUAUUCAUCAACGAGACCGAUUCCAACGACACGAUACAUUCAAAUGAAAAGCUGUCGAAUCUAUCAGCCACUAAUUUUUCCGAUGAUCUUGCGGCAUUGGAAAUGGAGUGCAUCGGACAGAACGAAUUAUCUUUCAAUCCGUUGAUUGGGCGGAGGUCAAACAAUUUAAGCGACCGCAAUGUUUUCUCAAUGUUUUCCGACAGACGAGACGUCUGUGUGACAAUGUCGCCGAAAUUGAAGUCCCCGAGUCGAGAGUGCAUCGUCGGCAGCUUAAAAUCACCUGGGAUCGCAAUGUCUGACAAUGCUCGACCGCACUGUAGUAAACAAAGCGACGCCAAAGCUUCGGCUGAGCACGAAGACGAUGUUUACUGCGAUAAUAAUGAUAACCAAAGGAAAAGUAAGGAAGACAAGAAUCAGGAGUCCUUUUAUCGGAGUUUUGGAAAUAUUGCAGGUCUCGCCAAUUGGCGUAAGAUGAAAAUCCAAGAACUUAAUCUCUCCGAAGACAAACUUAGCUCUUUAAAUUUGGAGCCGGAAUUUCCCAACGGGAAAACAGUAGCCAUUCGACCAUUGAAAGCGCCUCCUGAUCGAAAAAGCGUUAUCGCAUGGCUAGAGGCAAGAGAUAAAGAGCAGAAGGACAAAACUGACGAAACAAAUCAAAAGUCAAAUGCGGAAUCACAGGAUCCCAGAGACUCCGAUACCAAUAGCUUAUUUUUGGAUCCAACCUACAGUCGCGGAACAUUCAGGGGUGUCGGGGGUGACAGUGGCGCGUCCAAGCAUUUAGGAGUUUCCUGCGGCCAGAUCGAGUUCGAUCGGCGUUCAUCGAUAAUGAACGUUGAGCACGGAAAUUUUGCGAACGCCAAGGCAUUAACUACCUAUCAAUUUUUGACAAUACUUUGUCUAGAGGUACACGUUAUCACUAGAUCAAAAUUGUUGCCCGAUCCUCAAUACGACGCCAUUGGAGCAGUUUUCUACGCAAUUUAUAACGACGUCCCACCAGAUUGGGAGAAAACAAAGCCAUUAGAAUGUGGUAUCGUGAUUGUAGAGUCAGCCGAGGCUAAUUCUAAAUGCAAAAGCUCCAAUUACGCAAACGCACAGAAGGAGCAGUCUAUAGUUUAUGUGGAAAACGAAAUCGAUAUGUUUAAUAGCGUAUUGUCAAUUAUUGAGCGUCACGAUCCAGAAAUUUUAAUUGGCUGGGAUCUCGAGCUUCUUUCAUGGGGUUACAUGUUUCAAAGAGCAUCGCUACUCGGAAGAAAUUUAAGCUGCGAAGUAUCUCGUAUACGUGGGACCUCGUUUAAUUGGGGAAAAGAGCGUGAUCAAGCGAGUUCGGAAUUACACCUGGAAACAUUGGGAGAAUUAAGAUUACCCGGUCGUAUCGUUCUAGACAUAUGGAGACUCAUGAGGCAUGAAAUCGCUUUAACGAGUUAUACGUACGAAAACGUUAUGUUUCACGUUAUGAACGAGAGAAUUCCGCAUCCGAGCUUUGAAAUUUUAACAAACUGGUGGGCCACUUUAAAUUGCCGAUGGAGAGUUAUCGAUCAUUAUACCAAUAAAGUCAUAGGCGUCCACAGAAUUCUUCAUCACUUGGAUAUCAUUAACAGGACAAGUGAACACGCCCGAUUAUACGGCAUCCAGUUUUACGAAGUCUUCUCUCGCGGCUCGCAAUUCCGCGUCGAGUCGAUGAUGCUGCGACUCGCAAAACCUCUGAAUUACAUACCAGUGUCGCCGUCCGCCCAGCAGCGCGGCUGCAUGAGAGCCCCGGAGUCGCUGCCCCUUAUUUUGGAGCCGGAGUCAACGAUGUAUUGCGACCCGGUCGUCGUCCUCGACUUCCAAAGCUUGUAUCCGAGUAUUAUUAUCGCUUACAACUAUUGCUUCUCCACUUGUUUGGGCCGCGUCGAACACAUUGGCGCCCCUCAGCCUUUCACAUUUGGCGCAACCAGUCUGAAGGUCGAUAAGACUCUCGCGAAGAAGUUGCUGAAUAAUAAAAUCAACUUUGCUCCUUGUGGCGUCGCGUUUGUUAAGGAAGAGGUACGUCGAGGAAUCCUGCCACGUAUGCUCACUGAGAUUCUGGAAACUCGAUUAAUGGUAAAGAAAGCUAUAAAGGACCAUUCUAAGGAGGACCGGGCAUUGCAAAGGGCAUUGGACUCGAGGCAACUUGGACUGAAGCUAAUCGCCAAUGUCACUUAUGGUUAUACCGCGGCCAAUUUUAGUGGAAGAAUGCCGUGCAUUGAAGUUGGCGACAGCGUCGUAAGUAAAGGGAAAGAAACUUUAGAAAGAGCCAUAAAAAUGGUGGAAUCGACGCCUAAAUGGGGAGCGCGUGUUAUUUAUGGAGAUACCGACUCAUUAUUUGUCUUAUUGAAGGGAAAAUCCAGAGAAGAGGCGUUUAAUAUUGGCGCGGAAAUAGCCGAAACUGUUACCGCGGCAAAUCCAAAGCCAGUUAAAUUAAAAUUUGAAAAAGUCAUGCAACCUUGCAUCCUUCAAACGAAAAAGCGAUAUUGCGGAUACAUUUAUGAAAAUAAAAAUGAUAAGCCAGUUUAUUUAGCCAAAGGUAUCGAGACCGUUCGAAGAGAUGGAUGUCCAGCUGUGGCCAAGAUUCUCGAGAAAACGCUUAGGAUACUUUUUGAAACAAAAGAUCUAUCCUUGGUAAAGCAAUACGUAACGAGACAAUUGGAUAAGAUCCUUACCCACAGAGUCUCUAUUCAGGACUUGAUUUUUGCAAAAGAGUUUCGCGGUAUGAAAGGCUAUAAGCCAACUGCAUGUGUACCUGCUUUGGAGCUGACGAAAAGAUUAAUACAAAAGGAUCCACGCGCUAUACCUAACACAGGUAGCAGAGUGCCGUAUAUUAUAGUAGCUGGAGGGCCCAAUGUACCUCUUAUUCGCUGUGUUCGGUCUCCGAUGGAACUAAUUCUCGAUCCAAAUUUGAGGCCCAAUGCCAUAUAUUACAUUACAAAAGUUAUUAUUCCACCGUUAAAUAGAUGUCUUAAUUUAAUUGGAGUCGAUGCUUAUUCAUGGUUCAUGGAUAUGCCUCAUCGCCAAAGAUCUCUAAAUAGAGUGCACGGAGAUUUAUUAAAUGUUAAUCGCAAACCUAAAACGACCAUAUCACAGUAUUUAUACAACACAGCGUGCCCAUCUUGCGGAGAACUAUGCGAUAGAGGUAUUUGUGAAGACUGUAUUAAAAAUCAAACUCAAACACUCGUAGUUCUUUAUGAAAAAUGUAGACAGUAUGAAAGAAUUUAUUCCAAUAUUAAAAUGAUGUGCGAGUCAUGUAUCGGCAUAAUGGAUUGCGAUAGCUGUACAUCUCUUGAUUGUCCAAUUUUUUACCGAAGAAUUCAGGCACAAAUUGAUAAUACACAAGUUUCGUAUUUAUAUAAUUUAAUUCAAUGCAUGGAAUAUUUAUCCUGAUUUUCUAACCCAAAAGCGAAUAAAUAUAUUACAAAAUUAUAAUCAUGCGAUAUAAAAUUUAUG